CACAUAUCGAAUGAAAUUUGUGUGUCGCAUAUGUAUUCGGUGCCUCCUUGUACUAAUAUCUAUGUGUUAAAAUAUAAAAAUAAGAGGAUAACAAACCCAUAUUCGCGAAUAGUAGUGUACAUGAAGAAUAGUGAGUCCAGGUAUUCGGUAACAAGGUUAACGAUUCAUGUGAAAAUAGAUUGAUAAAAAUAAUAACCACUUUAUCGUCUAGUAUACAUGUAGUUCCAGUAAGAAAUUCUUAGACCGAAAUUGAAACCACUUCAAUGAAGUCUGAUUUAUGUGUGUGAAUUUUGAUGCAUUUGUUACUCGUUUUGACAGAGAAGACAUAUAGGAAAUAUGUACCAACUGUUGUGUUGCCCUCAUUUGAGUUCUCCAUGAGAUCUGGUGUUAAUUGUUUGAGACGAAUUCGUUGUGUUUAAGUUUCGAGGUGAAUGAUAAUAUAGUACAUUUCUAUUGAUAAAAAUGUUUUCAUGUCUGCUGUCACACUGGCGUGAUGCAAUAUUUAAUCACGAAAAGGGGAAAAUAGGCUAUUUAAACAUUAUAGAUUGAAUAUACUAUCUAGAUUCGUCAAAGCAAUAUGACUGAACUUUUAAUUCAGAAACAGAAAAAUUAUUGGGGGAAAAGUGGUGUAUAAGUGAUAAUUAUGUUGAAAUCAUGAACCGAUCUAAGUUAGAGCGCCGUUGAAAACUUGGAAGUACUGGACGGCCGUUUUAUCUUAAUACGAAACUCUCCAGCAGUGCCCAUCCACGAUCCCACCCGCGAGAUCGUUUCUUGAUGUCAAUGAAAUUCAACAAGUUACACAAAUCCUUACUGAUAAUUAAUUAGGAUGAAUAACAUGUCACAUUGAAAUGAUGAUCUUCUCAUUUCAUGUCCCGAAGGUAACCAAACAAUUUAGUCAUGAAUAUGUUACCCAUAGGGAAUUCUAAUAAUCUUCGGAUAUUUCGUUUCUUUUUGUCUUACCCUAGAGAAAUGGGGUUCGUAUUGAAGCUUCCUGUACGACUUUUGACUUCACUUGGUGGUUCAUUGAAAGCUUCAUCUUUGAAGACUGCAGUGUCUACAAAACAUCUUGUCGCGUCACCAACUUUCUCUCAGUUCAAUUAUGUUAUCUGUAGACAGUUUUCUAAUACCCCAUCAGACAAUUCUGUAAACAAUGUUUCUGAUUUAGUAAAAGGAAGUCGUAUUGUGCUUUUUAUGAAAGGGAAUCCCAGUGAACCACGAUGUGGUUUCAGCAAUGCUGUUUGUCGUAUCCUAGAAAUGCAUGGAAUUCUAGAAAAAGCAAGUAAAGGAGAUGAUCCAGAUCUGUUCGCAUCGUAUGAUGUCUUAGAGAAUGAAGACCUACGAGCUGCUGCUAAAGUGUUUGCUGACUGGCCCACUUUCCCUCAGUUAUAUUUCGACGGUGAAUUUAUUGGUGGUUGUGAUAUUCUUUUAGAUAUGCAUCGUUCUGGGAAACUGACGGAAGAAUUAGAACGUCUCGGUAUUGGGUCUGCUUUAGCUAAAGUAUCGGACAAAGAGAAAACAUGA